GAAGCAUGUGACCCAGCCAGUCAACAGUGUGUGUUUUGCAAACAGGGCGAUGGUUAUCUUAUCAACCAAUUAUAGAAUGUUCUACAGGAGAGCCGCAUGCAAAACCGGUUAGGUUAUAGACGACAAACAACUCCACUGUUACCAUAGCCUAUACAAAAUUAAAGGUGCUAAACAAAUGGCGUGCGUAACUAAAGACGAAAGGGAGCGUGAGGGUCUUGUGAAACACACUGGAGGUUGUCACUGCGGCGCGGUGCGUUUUGAGGUGUGGAGCGCUCCAGAUUUACACGUGUUCAGUUGCAAUUGCAGUAUUUGCACAAAGAAACAGAAUCGUCACUUCAUUGUACCAAAAUCCCAGUUCACCUUGCUGCAGGGAUCAGACAACAUGACCACAUACACUUUUAACACACACAUGGCCAAGCACACAUUCUGCAAAACGUGUGGCGUCCAGAGUUUCUACACUCCACGUUCCAACCCUGAUGGAUUUGGUGUGGCACCUCAUUGUUUGGACACUGGAACAGUAAGAAGUGUGACUGUGGAGGAUUUCAAUGGGCAAAACUGGGAGGAAAGUAUGCAGAAGCAUCUUACUAUUCGAAGUAUGUCAAAACCAACAGCGGAGACAUAAUUGACGGUUUCAUAUGGCCUUUUGAAUAGUUUCAGACUGCAGCUUCAGCCAGACGAUUUUAGAGGCAGUUUACACAAGACUAUUUUCAAAUAAAAAUGGAACAAAAUGUAUGCGUUUUGGCCAUUUUCACUGAAGAGGCAAACUUUUGAAAUGGGUUUCAAAGUGCAAGUUUUUGGAAACGAUACAUUUAUCUUCAGUGGUGUCAUGUGUAUGGGUAUUGUGUUCAGUCUAUAGGAAUUCGUUAGUAUUUGACAACUCAAAAAACAAACUAACAUCAACUGUUGGCCUGGCAAGGAUAAUGCAGCGUUUUGAGUCCUCAUCGUUGUCGUCUGUUCAUCAGUUAAUCAUGAUAUAUUUUUGUUGUGUAAACUUAACCAUAGAUUGUACUCCCCUGCUUCUUAAAAUUUUUUGGUAACGCUUUUUUUUACAGUACAGUACUUAGGUGUACUUACAGUGUACUUACCUAGAAUGUACUGGCUAAAAUAAGGUAAGGACAUGGGUUAGGGGUAGGUUUAGGGCUAGGUUCAGGGUUACCUAGUUAUUACCCAGUAAUUGUACUUACUAUAAUAAGUACAUGGUAUGCACAUGGGUAACAGGACUGAAGCAUUGCCAAAAAUUUUAUCAGUGUAGUUGUUCAAAACAACAAAAUCCACCUUAAAAGACACACAUUUACAAAAAUUCUUUUUUUAAGAAAUGUAUCAACAGGGAAAUUUGUAUGGUAAAUGGAAUGGAAAUCAUACUCAUAAAAUGGAAAUCAUACACUAAUAGAUAUUUAGGACAUCAAAUGAGGAUUGAUGUUUGUAUUGUCUUCCAACUUUGUAUAGAUAGAGGAUGUAAUGUCAUGACUCAUGUAUAAGGAAAACCACUAAAACCAUAUAUAUUUUUUCCACACUUUAUCAAAUUUAUUUUAAACAACUGUUGCAUUACUCCACAUUGUUAUGUAUAUAUUCAUAACUAAAAGUCAAAACAGAGAACAUCAUACACUCCCUAGAAUAACAGAUUUGCUCUGAAAGAAUUCAGAAAUAUAAGCCAGUUUUGAAACCAUACUGAAUCACAAAAUUUGGUACAGAACUUGUUGAUCCGUUUGGAGCAGUGCUUUAACUUAAGUCAGAUAACAACAGUAAACGCAAAAGUAAACAAAAUACAGAUUCAAAUUUAGUUUUCUCCAUUCCCUGCACACACAAAGGCACAAUCUGUUCUUUGGAUUCAGCUACUCUAUUAAAGUGCUUAUCUAGGUUAAACCUCUCCAGAAAACUGGCUUUCAGAAUAAAGGAUGGUUUGGGGUACAGUGUGCAUAGGCCCAUUAUAUACCAGCAUUUCUCCAUCAGUGUCUGCAGGUUGAAUAUGUUCGCUGUGCCUUUUUUAAUAUGCUGUCACUAUAUAGUAUUUUAAUGACAGUAUAUUUGGAAUGUUGUUAUUUAAAGAAAUAAUGAAACGUGAAGUUAACCUUUACCUAAAAAAUGCAGUGCAUAACUUUAGUCCUACAUUAACAGGAACAGUGUCAAAGACAAUCUAAUCUAAUAAAUUUUCACAUUCUUUGUUUCCACAACGAUGGCCUGGAACGUGUUUAUGAACAUGUAGCGUGAGAACAGUAUGUAGAGCCGGCGGAACCACAGCAGCUGAGAGCGAUGACAAAGCAUGGCUUUCUGAGGAAAGAAGAGAAGAGAGAACAGAUAGCAACAGAGCAAUUACUUCAGUUUGUUGGGUGACUGUGUAUUGAUUUACUUUUUUAUAGCCUUUAUUAUAAAUCAGGUAGAGACCUGACCAAAGAUCACAAACCGACACAGAAAGGCUUAACAUGCUACUGAAAGGAGCCAGACUGGUAGAGGCAGUUCAGACAGAGAAGCUGCGUCAUUCAGAGACCUCUCGGCAGGAUUAGUUAAUGCUUACAGUAAAGGUUCAAAGUACUAAUGUGUUAAUCAGCAACACAGCCCAUGUUUUAAGAAGAAGCUUUUUCAGCUAUGAAUGUUCUGUAGUCUGGGAAUACAUCUGAAGACAGCUGUACUGUAGAAGCUGAGAAAAGCGAGACACUCAUAACGUUUGAUCAGGUCUAAUCAGAGCUUAAGGUAUUUGUUUAAACACUGACUAAUGGCACACCUUGGCACGCUUAUACUCCUUCGGUCCAAUGAGACAGCAGAAAUCAGAGGGGAGGAGCCAGCUGACCGGCAGCUCUAAGACUGAUAGAUACUUUCUGAGGAUGCUGAUGGAGUGAAGAGAGAAGAUCUGACAACCUGUAGGAGCAGAUAUAUUUAAAAAAAAAA